AUGAGUUCAACAACAAGUCAGUACCGUAGUGUUUUAUUAAAGCUACUACCUCGCGGUGAUGCUUGGGCUAAGUUUCGUGGCUCGCGCUUAUAUCAAUUUUGCGAAGGGCUAGCAGGUGAAUUUGUACGUGUUCAUAAUCGCGCGUUAAAGCUUUGGAAUGAACUGCCCUUUAAUGAACCAACACAUACAUUAGCGGACUGGGAAAGCGCUAUGAAGCUUCCUGAUGCGUGUUUGAGUAUUGCACCGACAAUACAAGAGCGUCAAGCUGCUGUUAGGGCGCGGUUUUCAGCUGUUGGUGCGAUUAGUCAAGGCUAUUUAAUUGAUCAAGCAGAAAAGCUUGGAUUUACGACAACGCUUGAGCGUUUUGAUCCUGAUCGUGCGCGUUGCGGUACAGCACGCUGUGGUACUGCUGUUUGUAGUAAGUCUGAUCAAGUACGUGUUCUUAGGCUUGUUAUUACAGCAGGUAGUAACGCUUUAGAUAUUUUGAGAUGCCAUAUCGACAGCAUUAAACGUCCAAGCAUUCUUAUUGUUUACGACGACCGGCGAGGAGGUUAA